AAGAGGCAAUGAGCACCAACGGUCUUGGGAGAGGGCGCCAGGGGUAUUUCCGUAAAACCAAACAUUUUGAAAUCCAAAUACUAGAAAGCGAAAGCGCCCGCCGAUCCGACCUCCAUUCAAACCAGAAGCUCCAGAGUCCAGAUCGAAGAUCGUCUUCGGACCCCAGAGAGAGAGAGAGAGAGGAGCGGGCAUGGAGAAGAUCUGCGUAGCAGUUCGAAUGAGACCUCCAGUCUCUCAAGAAUCCUCCAAUGGAACCUACUGGAAGGUUGAAGACAAUCGAAUUUCUCUUCACAAGACUCUAGGCACCCCUGUUCAUGGCUAUUCCUACGCUUUUGAUCAUGUAUUUGAUGAGAGUUGCACAAACGCAAGGGUUUACGAGCUUCUUACCAAGGACAUUAUUCAUGCUGCAGUCGAGGGAUUUAAUGGAACUGCAUUUGCAUAUGGGCAGACCAGCAGUGGCAAGACUUUUACCAUGAAUGGUUCUGAAGCUGAUCCCGGAAUUAUUCACCUGGCUAUUAAAGAAAUAUUUCAAGAAAUUCAGAUGGUGAUUGACAGAGAAUUCUUAAUUCGAGUUUCGUACAUGGAAAUUUAUAAUGAAGAAAUUAAUGAUCUUUUUUCCAUAGAUAACCAGAAACUGCAAAUUCAUGAAAGUUUGGAGCGUGGCAUAUUUGUUGCAGGUCUUAGGGAGGAAAUUGUGAAUAAUGCUGAACAAGUGCUUAAGCUGAUUGAAAUGGGAGAAGUUAAUAGGCAUUUUGGUGAGACAAACAUGAAUGCUCGAAGUAGCAGAUCUCACACUAUAUUUAGAAUGGUAAUUGAAAGCAAGGGAAAAGACACCAAUUCUUAUAAUGAUUAUUCAAGUUCAGACGCUAUCCGAGUCUCUGUCUUGAAUUUGGUAGAUUUAGCUGGAUCUGAACGAAUUGCUAAAACUGGAGCUGGUGGAGUGCGUUUGAAGGAAGGAAAGCAUAUCAAUAAGAGCUUAAUGAUUCUGGGCAACGUGAUUAACAAACUAAGUGAUGGUGCUAAACAAAGGGGACACAUUCCUUAUCGUGACAGUAAGCUUACUCGUAUACUACAACCUGCUCUUGGUGGUAAUGCUAAAACUUCAAUAAUUUGCACCAUAGCACCAGAAGAGAUUCACAUUGAGGAAACAAAGGGAACCCUCCAGUUUGCUGGCAGAGCCAAGCGCAUAACCAAUUGUGUCCAAGUGAAUGAGAUUUUGACAGAUGCUGCCCUAUUGAAGCGACAAAAACUAGAGAUAGAGUUACUGCGUAGGAAACUUCAGGGAUCACAUUCUGAGGUGCUGGAGCAAGAGAUCUUGAAACUGCGGAAUGACAUGCUUAAGUAUGAAUUGGAGCGUGAAAAACUUGAAAUGGAACUGGAAGAGGAGCGAAAAUCACAUAAAGAGAGAGAUCAGUACAUAAGAGAGCAACAGAUGAAAAUUGACAAUCUCAAUAGCCUUGUAACUUCUUCAGACUGUGAUAGAAAUUUUAGUCAGGAUUCUACAAGACAAAGUCUGAAGGAUGAAAGCCAUGAUAGUCAUAGUAUAUGUCAAGGAGAUGCUUUUACAACCCCUUGUUUUAAGGCAUUUCCCAAUGCCUUUGUGGCGAAACGGUCAAAUUACUCAAGGCUUCCUGAUUGCAGCCCUCUUCCAGAUACAUUAAGCCAUAUAGCCGAUGAAGACACUUGGUUGAAAAUGAACAAAGGCUACAUAGCGGACCUUGACUCCCUUCAAGUGACCCCAGCAAGAAAAACUCAAUCCUUGCCAGCAAGCGAUGCAACUCCUGGUUUCUUGGAUGAGAAUUACAAACAAGAGAUCCAUAAUCUCAAGGAGCAAUUGGAACUUGCAAUUGAAGAAAAAAAUGAACUCAAGAGAAAUCUUACAGAACAGUUUCUAUUGAACAAACAAUUCAUGGGGGAGAUAUCGGAUCUUCAACAAGAGGCAUUACUGAUUCGUGAAAUUCCUCAAAGACUUUGUGAAUCUGUCGCGAGUUGCAAAGAUAUAUACAAGGAUGUUAUCCUAAUUAUGAAGAGUUUUGUUGCUGACGAGAAUUCCUCAAUGGCAAAGUUGCUCUCUAGCACAUGUGAAAUUGGCACAAAUCUUUUCUCAACAUUGGAAACUCAUUUCUCAAGGGCUACGGAGGGCAGCAAAACCUUAACUGGGAGCAGUAAUUUAAUUCAAGCGCAGCACAGUGCACUUUGUGAGAGCUUGAACAGCACAAUUACUUCCUUGAUGUCAUCAGAUACAUCAGUUAUCAAGGACAAUGAUUCGAGGAAUUCACCAUGCAAAUGCCAAAAUGAGGGCUGCACUUUGGAAGGAGAAACUACUUUUUGGGGGGAGAAACUAGACUCUGAACUCAACACAAUCAAGGGCAAAUACAAGAACUUGGAAAUAGAACUUGAUCUCAAUAACCAGCUUUUGGAAGAUGCUAAAGAAAGAUAUUGUAGCUUGGAAAAAGAACACCAGCUUUUGAAAGAAGAACGAGACUCUCUGCUCCAUUCAGAGUCCAAGUCAUCUCAAAAGCUUGCACUGAUUGCUGAUCAGAAGGAAAGGAUUUUGAAGGAUUUGAACUCUGAAUUGCAUAGAAGGAAGAAUCUUGAAGAAGAAAUCAAACGGUUUAGUACUGUUUUUAGUACUGUUUUUGCCUGUCGGCAGCGAUCACUUGUGUCUCUCAACAGUGAGUUGAAACCCGCAAUCGAGAAGCUGAGGGGCCAGAAUGCAGUUUCAGUACUCAAUUCUCUUGGAUGCUGAAGAUAGAAGUGGCAGCUUCAUUUAUGUAAUGUUAGGAUCGUAACAUCUUCAUCCUUGUUACCAUUACAUUUACAUAAUGAAAUUAAUAGCCUUGGUACUGCUUUGCAUUAUGUAAUUGAUUGGAUUAAUUGUAUUUGAUCAUCAAGCUAUUAUUUUGCAUCUUCAUGUUUUGAGUUUA